CCCUCCCACCCUCUCGUCCAGCUUGAGGAAGUUCGAUUCGCUGACUGAGCUGGGUUGUGAGAGAGUUGGACGAAGAGGAAUUACUCAGAAGGAACAAAACAAUUACAAAACAUUGCAAAUAAAAUAGAUAAAAAAAAGUUCAAGCUAACUAAUCACGCGAAGCCGUAAAAGAGGAAUUUCCAUUAAAUAUAAGACCGAAAGCUGCAGACAUGAAUGACCAGCAGCUGGACUGUGCCCUUGAUCUGAUGAGGCGUCUGCCUCCCCAGCAGAUUGAAAAGAACCUCAGCGAUCUCAUCGACCUAGUUCCCAGUCUUUGUGAAGACCUGCUGUCCUCUGUGGACCAGCCACUGAAGAUUGCACGUGACAAAGCUGUGGGCAAGGACUACCUGCUGUGUGACUAUAACCGUGAUGGUGACUCCUAUAGGUCACCGUGGAGUAACAAGUAUGAGCCGCCCAUAGAUGAUGGUGCUAUGCCUUCUGCCCGCCUGCGCAAGCUGGAAGUGGAGGCUAAUAACGCAUUUGACCAGUACAGAGAUCUGUACUUUGAAGGUGGGGUGUCGUCAGUGUAUCUGUGGGACUUGGAUCAUGGCUUUGCGGGAGUCAUCCUCAUCAAGAAGGCGGGGGAUGGCUCUAAGAAGAUCAAGGGCUGCUGGGACUCCAUCCAUGUGGUCGAAGUGCAGGAGAAAUCCAGUGGACGUACAGCUCACUACAAACUGACCUCCACUGUCAUGCUCUGGCUACAAACCACCAAGACAGGUUCCGGCACCAUGAACCUGGGCGGCAGCCUGACUCGACAGAUGGAGAAGGAUGAGACCGUAGGAGAGUCUUCUCCGCAUAUUGCCAACAUCGGCCGCCUUGUGGAGGAUAUGGAGAAUAAAAUUCGUUCUACCCUGAAUGAAAUCUACUUUGGAAAAACAAAGGACAUCGUCAAUGGUCUAAGAUCUAUUGAUUCUCUGCCUGAUAACCAAACAUACCGUCAGCUCCAGAAGGAGCUCUCCCAGGUCCUCACCCAGCGCCAGAUCUACAUUCAGCCAGACAAUUAGGGCUGGAGGAGUAUACAGACACUGGCAGACAAGUCGAUGCAGGAGGCUCUGAAAAACGACCUGAUGGUGGCGCUCAAACGCAAACAGCAGAGUUAGAGCGCUUUGUCUUCAUUUCUGUUGCGGUCUUCCAUGCUUUUUUUGUUUUGUUUCACCUUCUAUCCAAAGCUCUUUGUUUGUAUUUCCUCUUCAGCUCCCUCUCCUGCCAUUGCUCUCACCUUCAGCAUUCAUUUAAAUGAACAAAAAGCUUUUUAAAUGAGUCUUAUUGGAAACGUCUUUUAAGUCCUCAUUCUCAGUUUUGAUAAGUUAUAAAUAUCGGUGUUACAAAUAUUCUACACAGUAUAGUAAUAAUGUUAACUUCCUAAUGCUCAUGUACUGUUUGUCUCUUGGGGCAGUGAUACACUUUUCCCACCUAUUGAAUUUUCAAAGCAUAUAAGGGAUGGCUGAGUAGUUGGGUGAUGCUUUAAAGGUCAUUUUCACUAUUUAUUCUUGUAUUGAAUAUAUAUAUGACGUAUUUUUACCCAGUAUCUCCUUGGGAAAAAAAAAGUGCACAACACAGUUCCUGCUGUGAAGGGGUUGGCAAUACACGUCCAUUAUGAUCAUUGUUGUUAUCACUGUACUUGGUGGGAAAUCCCUGCCUUUCGCUUUUUCUGUUGUGAAUGACUGGAGUAAUGGGCAAGCAAAUGGGACAGUGAAUGAACAUAUAAUGAAUGCUCCUUUUAAUACUGUUUGGGUCUUGAAUUACUUUGUCUUGGGGGGGGGGGGGGCUUUUUUGGUUUCUAUUUAGGUACGUGUUUCUAUUUUCUUUUUUGUUUUUGUUUUUUUGUAAAGCUUAUUCAAGAAAUAGAGCCUCCAACUCCAAUAAACCCAGGUUAUUAUAUGGCAA